AUGCCUGCAAGCAUUCAAGGUGUCAAUGCAACGGACUACUUCGAGGCAGCAGUUGCAGAGGCCCGAAUCCACGAGCUUCAGCAGAUGGAGCGGAAGUGGCAGCGUGAGGUCCUGGUGCGGCAGUUCCUCUCGGAGCGUCGGAAGCUGGGGGAAGAGUUCCGCGCAGAGUUCCAGGAGUUGCUGCUUCGCUUGGACCGAUCCUUCAAGUCUUUCAAGGCACAGAAGCAAAGGAGACUCGCUCAAGUCGGCAAAGCCGAGGGCUCCACCGCAGAGCAGUCCGAGGCUGCAGAAGAAGCAGAGGAGGAGGAAAGAGAAGAGGAUGAGAUUGUCGAGGUUGGGGCAUCUGACUUUCUGGGUGGACGGGUGGGCAGUACCCAAAAGUCUGUGAGUAUGGACAGGUGCAUAGGCAGGAAGCAGGAAGAAAUUCAACUUGGAAAUUCUACAUUGCUUGGUGGGACCCCGUCAAAAGGAAAGGCCGCUAAAGAGCGACGUUCUUCAGGUGCAAAGACGCUCCGAAAUCCUCCAGGCUUCGGGUGGGCGGGGUUUCGGGCAGAGAAGCUGAGAAAGGGCUUGGGAGAGGGGACAGAUUGGGGGGCUUUAGUGGUGGAAGAUGGCAAGUUCACUUGUUCUUAUGAUUUUGGUGCAUGUGGGGGGACAUCCUUGUGUCUGAGAGGAGCAACGCAACACAGCGAAGUUCUGUAG